AUGUCCAAAGACUCCUCCGCGACACACCUCCACCUCCACCAUCCGCGUUUGGCAGAUGUGUUCGAAGACUUUAACCGCCCGCAUACUUCAUUCUUCACUCCAUCCUCUAUGAAAACGUCCGAUUCACAGCAACAGCAGCAAAUGAAUGCGAUGAACGAUCUUUCUUCCCCGGCAAACAUUCCUUCAUUCCUCCCUAUAGAAGAUAUAUUCGUACAGCCCCAGUUCCAACCAGUUAAUCCCGAAGAUGAAGAUGAUGUUGUGCCAGACCAACAUGCUGCAUUUGGCAUUACCAGAGCCAUGGACUCGAGAAGGCAGAUUUCCUGGCGGGAUUUGGGUCUAGAAGAACUGAUGAGUGGUAUGCGGCUAGUGCAGGGAGAGAGGGGCGAGACCAGGCCGGUUGGGAGAGGGACUAAUAAUAUCGGCCUAGGAGUCAGGGGUGGUACAGCCGCACUUCCGGGGAGUAAUACACAGAGGCGAAAGAGGAUGGUUUGUUUAAGAUGA